CUCUCUCUAUAUUUUCUCUGUCUGUAUUUUCUCUCUCUAUAUUUGUGUUUCUCUCUCUCUCUCUGUCUUUCUUACAAAGUCUUAAAAAACUCUCUUAUUGUUCUUGUUCUUGUCUUUGUCUGGUUUCUUUCUUCAAACAACAACGCUACCGGCGAGCAUAAUCUCGCCGGCAAAUUGCCCUAUGCUGGCCGGAAUUUCAUUUUUCACCUCCAUUUUCCGAUCCCAUAUUCCUUUUUCUCAAAUUUUCAAGCCAGUAUUUGGGUCCUCAUAAACCAAAAAAAAAACUUACUCAUUUUUUUUUUUAAAUUUAUUCUUUUAUUGUUCUUCAAGCAUUGCAAAUAUAAGAGAUUAAGAUGAUGAUGAGUUGAGACCAAAGAAGGUAGCAAGUGAAGAACUUUUCAGCAAUACUUGUAAUUUAUUUUUUUCCUUCCAGAUUCUGUGCUGAAGGAUGCCUUUUCAAGUCAUGGAUCAGAGGGGUGUUUCUGACCCCUCCAAUUUUUUCGAUGAUAUUUCAUUUCAUUCUGAGAGGAACAUUGGAUUAAGGAAGCCGAAAUACAUGAAUGCCCAACACCCUCAAGGAAUGAAUGGAAUGGUAGCACCGCCUGGCAGUACUUUGAGUGCUUCAUCACCCUUUGAAGCAAAAUCUGGAUUUCCGAUGUCACAGACUAGUCUAUCGGAGGAAAGUGUACAAAAGCUACCUUUUGGUGGAGAACAAGGCAUUGCUGAUGUAUUGAAGGGUUCAAACAGAUCAUUUCAUCACAAUCCCCAAUCAUGGUCUGACGUGUUCAGGCAGUCAGAACCUACGUCGUAUCGUAUAAUCGGGAACAAGGUUGUUGCAACCAAUGCUCUCCCUCGCGAAACUAGUUUAUUUUCGAGCUCACUGUCGGAUAUGUUUAGCCAUAAAUUAAAUAUAUUGGGGAAUGAUGUUCUGUCCGAUCAGCCGACGGCUGCCAGUUCUCUUCUUGAGGAAGAACCAUAUAAAUCUCUUGAACAGAUGGAGGCUGACUAUAUACAUAAUCUCCUUCCUGAUGAAGAUGAUCUAUUUUCUGGUGUUGCUGACGGGUUAGAAUACAAUUCUCAUGCUAGGACUAAUGAUGACUCGGAGUAUACUGAUGUUUUUAGCAGCGGUGGAGGCAUGGAGCUGGAAGGAGAUGAACAUUUAAGUUCACUAAGAAGAACAAGUGGUUUGGAUGGAGAUCAUGGUUUCUUUGGAGGUUCUAAAGGAAAACUUCCUUUUGUUGAACAGCCUUCUAGAACACUUUUUGUUAGAAACAUUAAUAGCAGCGUAGAAGACUUUGAACUAAAGACUCUGUUUGAGCAAUAUGGAGAUAUCCGUACAAUGUAUACUGCUUGCAAGCAUCGUGGCUUUGUCAUGAUUUCUUAUUUUGAUCUAAGAGCAGCACAAAGAGCAAUGCAAGCCCUUCAAAGCAAGCCAUUGAGGUCUCGGAAACUCGAUAUACAUUAUUCGAUUCCAAAGGUCAAUGCUCCAGAGAAGGAUAUUGGUCAUGGUACGCUGAUGUUAUCUGGUCUUGAUUCAUCUGUUUCAAACGAUGAGUUCAAACGUAUUUUUGGCUUCUAUGGAGAAAUUAAAGAUAUCUAUGAAUAUCCAGAGAUGAAGCAUCUCAAAUUUAUAGAGUUUUAUGACGUGCGAGCUGCUGAAGCUGCACUUCGGGCAUUGAACAGGAUUGAAAUUGCUGGAAAGCAGAUCAAACUUGAACCUGGCCAUCCUAGGUUUGCGACAUGUCUGAUGCAGCAGUCUCAUAAGGUGCAAGAUGAACGUGAUAUUGGUCAUAGCAUUAUUGACAACUUAUCAUUAAGACAAAAGCCAACACUAUCGUCUGGAGUAAUUGAUUCUGCUGGCUCGGAAAAUGGAUAUAAUCAGAGAUUUCAAUCUGCUAUGCGGCAACAACCUUUGAAUGGAUUUAUUGAUAAUGCAUUAUUUCAUGUCAAUUCUGGCAUUAACAACACUGCAAGAGGGGGAUCUAUUGGAAAAUUUUCUGGUGUUUCCGAGUCAAACAACCUUGUUGAUGCAAUGAAAUUUGCAUCUAGUCCAACAACAUUUCAUCCUCAUUCUUUACCAGAGUUUCAUGGUAGUUUAGCUAAUGGUAGUCCUUAUACCUUUUCAAGCACCAUUAGCAACAAGGCUGGUAAUAUAGGUGCUGGAGUGACAGAAGCCUCCAAUGGAAGGCAUAUUCACGGAAUAAGCUCAGUUGGGAACUUAGCAGAAUUCAAUGGAGGAGGAUCAUCAGGAAAUGGGAUCAACGCACAUCAUGGACUUAAUCAUAUAUGGAGUGGCUCCAAUUUGCAUCAGCAAUCUUCACCAAGUAACAUGCUUUGGCAGAAAACGCCAUCGUUUGUUAAUGGUUCUCCAGGCCUUCCUCAGAUGUCAAGCUUUGCUAGAACACCGCCUCAUAUGCUGAGAACACAACAUUUGGACCAUCACGUUGGAUCAGCACCUGUUGUUACAGCCUCUCCCUGGGAAAGGAAAAACUCAUACUUGGGAGAGUCUCCUGAGACUUCUGCUUUUCACUUGGGUUCUCCUGGAAAUGGAGGUUUCCAUGGUUCUUGGCAAAUGCGUCCAAUGGAAUUUUCUGCUCAUAAUAACAUGUUUUCUCAUGUUGGUGGGAAUGGUACUGAACUCUCGUCUAGUGCUGGACAGAGCUCGCCUAAUCCGUUGUCACAUAUUCUCUAUGGUAGACAGUCAACGACUGCAAUGUCAAAAUUUGAUCCUACCAAUGAACGAAUGAGAAACCUCUACAGCCGUAAAACUGAAGCGAACACCAAUGGCAAUGCGGAUAAAAAACUAUAUGAACUUGACCUGGGCCGCAUAUUGCGUGGAGAAGACAGCCGAACAACGCUCAUGAUAAAAAACAUUCCCAACAAGUAUACUUCAAAGAUGCUACUUGUUGCCAUAGAUGAGCAAUGUCGGGGAACUUAUGAUUUUCUCUAUUUACCAAUAGAUUUCAAGAACAAAUGUAAUGUUGGAUAUGCAUUCAUAAAUAUGAUUGAUCCUGCUCAAAUUAUUCCUUUCCACCAGGCUUUCCAUGGUAAGAAAUGGGAGAAGUUUAACAGUGAAAAAGUAGCAUCACUUGCAUAUGCCCGAAUUCAAGGAAGAGCUUCUCUUGUUUCUCAUUUCCAGAAUUCAAGCCUGAUGAAUGAAGAUAAACGUUGCCGCCCUAUUCUCUUUCAGACAGAAGGCCCAAAUGCCGGUGAUAUGGAGCCUUUCCCCGUUGGAGCCAAUGUUAGAGUGAGACCUGGAAAAUCUCGUAAUGCUGGCAACGAGGAGAAUCGCAUCCAAGCUACUCCUUCAACUUUAGCAAGCGGAGAAGAGACUGCAAAUGGAAACUCCGAUUGAAAUUGCAUGGAGGCAGGCACUAACUGUUCAAUAUUGCACCAUAAUAUAUGUCAUGAUUUCAACCCCCAUGUAUAUUGACAUGAGGAAAAAGGGCCUCACAAUUUUUUUGCCUUUAGGAGGAGCCUCACUCAAAGUUUUCAGAAGCUGAGGUACAUAACCAACCAGAAUGAAGUUAAUGUCUAGUAUUAUUUUCUUUAAAUUUUUGCAUGGAGUCUUUGCUAUUAUCUCGCAAGUUUAGAGAAUGGCGUGACCGAGGCUCGAAAUUUUGGCUAGCUGUGAGCACAAUUUGUAGUUUACAUCAUCGUGCGCGGUUCAAGGGUACUUGGCUGAUUUUCUUGUGCAUUAUUGUGUUGUUCAUAAUGUACUUUUUUUUUCUUCUUAAUUCCGGAGUUUUUGUGCCCUCUGGGGUCAGUUUUUGUCCUUAGAUUUAGAAGUCAUUGUUGAGGAUUAUAUUUUAAUUGCAACAUCGUAGUUACCAUAUGUUAGUACUUUACUAUUUCGGAUAUAUUGCUAUUUCUCUUCCAAA